UUCUUGCUCACCUCAAUCACCCAUCUCACAACUAACUCAUCUCUUGCAAGAAUCCAACACUUAUACUUCAACUUCACCAUAUUUGCUCGAUGACGUGAAUGCUAACAUUUUGAUUUCAUUUUUUACUACAUUCGAGUAAGUCGGUACUAUUCUUGCACAAUUAAUUAACAAACUCUUGGCGAGGAAAUUAUAUAUAUUUAGAUCAUAAUUUUUUCUUCAAUUUUUUUUUACCUUUUCGCUCUCAUGUUGCAUAUCUACAUGCCUAGAGCAGAUCCAGAUAUAUAACUAAUUAAGAAGUUUUUCUUGGAAUUUUGAGCAUACUAAAGUUGGAAAAGAGAAAAGUGGGGCAAGAAAUGGAGGGGUCAGGAAGUCCAGUGAAGGAGGAGAAGCUGCCACCCGGCUUCCGGUUCCACCCGACCGACGAAGAACUCAUCACCUACUAUUUAAUCAACAAGAUCUCCGACGCAACCUUCACCGGAAGGGCCAUCGGAGACGUUGAUCUCAACAAGUGUGAGCCCUGGGAUCUUCCAGGGAAGGCGAAAAUGGGAGAGAAAGAGUGGUAUUUCUUCAGCCUCCGGGACCGUAAGUAUCCGACGGGGGUUCGGACGAACCGGGCGACGAACACGGGAUACUGGAAGACGACGGGAAAGGACAAGGAGAUAUACAACAGCAACACGUCGGAGUUGGUGGGGAUGAAGAAGACUUUGGUGUUUUACAGAGGGAGAGCUCCAAGGGGAGAGAAGACCAACUGGGUCAUGCAUGAAUAUCGCAUUCAUUCCAAAUCUGCUUAUAGAACUAACAAGCAAGAUGAGUGGGUAGUGUGCCGCGUCUUCCAAAAGAGCGCCGGAGGUAAAAAAUACCCAUCAACCCAAUCAAGAGCAGUCAACCCCUUCUCCUACAACAUCGACCUUCCCCAAAACCCCAUGCAAUCUCAAAUCAUGCAGCCAGACAACUUCCACUUCCCCGGCAGAAACUACAUGACUCCCGCCGAGAUUCAAGAAUACAACAAAGUCUUCACCGGCGCCGCCGCCGCCGCCGCCUCCACCAGCAUGAUCAACUUCCCCGUCCCGCCGCAGGUCAACUACGGUGGCGGCGCCGGGGCCGGCUGCUUCACCAUAUCCGGGCUGAACUUGAACCUCGGCGGAGGAAUGAGGGCGGCGCAGGGGAUGAACCAGCAAGACGUGACCGCCGCCGCCGCCAUGCUCAACGGCGGCGCCGCCGCCAUGGGUGGUGAACAGGCUGCCGGGUAUGGAGGAGACAUGAACAACAGGUUUGUUGUGGGCAUGGACCAGUGUGGUGACUUGGAUAACUACUGGCCUUCUUAUUGAUGAGGAAAAUUAAUUGUUGGAUAAUAAUUAUUUGGUGAAAAUUUGAAGGCAAGUAAGUGUAUGAUAAGGUAGUGACUCUAGUUGGAGGAAGUUUGUAGUUUUAUUUAGUAAUGGUUUUUCCUAAUCAUGGGAGGGGACUUAGUUUGUGAUUUUGUUAAAGGUGUAUUAGGCUGCAGUUUGCUAGAACAAAUAGCUGUUUUUUAAGCAGAUUUGGAAUUUUUAUUUUGAACUUUUU